GGCCGCAGUUCGCGCUGUCUCCGCCGCAGCCGCCGCGCCCCUCACCCAUGUCCCAGGCCAGCACCCACCGGCAGAGCCGCCCGGAGCCCCGCCGCGCCGAGCCGGGACCGCAGCCAGAGGCGGGUGAGACCUCGUGCCCUUUGCCGAGGCAGACACCAGCGACACCAUCAGCAGAGCCGCGGCCGCCCGCCCGGCCUGUGGCAUCCAAGAAGGAGAAACCCCUGGAAGAUGAUGAGUCUGGAAAAGUCCUGACAAAAGCUCCCCGGGCCGAGCUCAAAGGCGCUCCUGAAGCUGUGACAUGCCAGCCCCAGGUACGAGCAGCCCCACAGCCCCCCAGCACCCGCCUGCUGCAGAACGGCGCCGGGCGGGGGCCGGAUCCAGGCGGUGCCAACGGGGAGACCGGGAACGGGAUCUUCCGUCCCCUGCCCAGCAGCCAGAAGCCUCACCGAAAGCUGCAGUCGCACCACUCCAUCAACAGCCAGAGCAGCAAGAAGAGCAAGGGCAGCUCUAAGUCUGCCUCUUCUCACAUCCCUAUUGAGGCACAAGAAGACUGCUGCGUCCACUGCAUCCUCUCCUGCCUCUUCUGCGAGUUCCUGACCCUCUGCAACAUUGUGCUGGACUGUGCCACGUGCGGCUCCUGCACCUCCGAGGACUCCUGCAUCUGCUGCUGCUGCUGCAACUCGGGCGAGUGCGCGGACUGCGACCUGCCCUGCGACAUGGACUGCGGCAUCAUCGACGCCUGCUGCGAGUCGGCCGACUGCCUGGAGAUCUGCAUGGAGUGCUGCGGGCUCUGCUUCUCCUCCUGAGGCGCUGCACCCGCCGGGGGGGGACCAGGAGUGGGUCCCCCCCUGUGCUCUUCUGCAGCGGCCGUGGGUCCAGCUGCUCCCUGAGCUGGUGUGAAAUGCUGAGUGAUGGAGGAGAGCGAUACCCCCAUUGCAAACCUCAUCCUCGGAGCCGGUGAGCCGGGCUCGGGUCCUGCCUGGGAAGGGUGAAUCCAUAGGGCCACGGGGGGCUCUGGGGAUGGUUGGCAUCCCAUCAUGCUCUACCUCUUCCCUGCACUGGGCUGGUUGACGAGGAUCACAGGAGCCUCCUGCCACCUGAGCCAAGACAGGAGCACACACACCCCAGAGCCCCCGGCAUCAGGGACAGUGUGUCCUGCUGCCACCACCCAGGGCUGCCCCACGACAGUGCUCCGGGGGCAUUACACAGGGGUGGCACAGAGCAUCCUCCCCACAGGGACACCUCUAGGACAGAGCCUUGCUCCCCACCGGGCACCGGGAGAUGCUGAAUGCCAAAGCCUUUAGCCAGGCUGUGGAGCCCAGUGCCAUUGGAUGCAUCCUGCCAGCCCCUGCCCCUCCUUGGUGCUGAGAUAGCAGCCAAGUGCAAUAAACUCCAUCUGCUCCCUGCCAACAGCAGCUUCCCCUUUGCUGGUCCCUGCAGCUGGGGGCUUGGGGAGAUCCCGGAGCCAUGCUGUGAUGCCGCUGACCCCCGUGUGUCUGGGGGUGGUGGGACAAGGGGGUUUGGUUGGUGCCAAGUGACCCCCAGCACUUGUUGUCUGCAUCCAGGGGCCAGGGCUGGUGGCUGCAUGGGGAUGGGAAAGGCCCCACUGAAGGGCUGGGGAGAAGGGGAGGGACGUGUCAUGGUAUUUUAUUUUGUUGUCCCUUUUGUUUGUUACUGUAAAUAAAGGUCUUUCUUCAUUUCUGACCAACGGCUGCCCCA